UGGUCCGGUCGGCUCCGCUUCGUCUUGCAGCCCCCCGCGGGACUCCGGACUCCGGCGGCAGCGCGUCCUGCAGCUCGCCAGCAACGCCGUGACCGCCGUCCCCGAGCCGCGGCGCCGCCACCGCGCUGUGAAGCUGCACACCCGAGCAGCAAAGCCAAAACACGAUAAAAUCGCGAACUUGACGGAAACGCGUUGUUGUGUGAGUGUGUGUGUGAUGCGCUAAGCGUCUCGCAGCCCUUGCAGUGUGGGCGAAGCUGGGCGCGGCUCCGAAGGGUGAAGGGCGACCGGGAAUGACAACCUAGCGGCCCUUGGACUCCACGCACCGGCGCCAUGGCGGGCCACCGAGCAAAGGAGGCGCUGAUCGGUGCGCUGUGGUCCGUGCUGGCCAUCGCGGUCGCGGUCGUGGUGCACCAGGCGGAGCGGGUCGCGGCCCAGCCCUCGGAGGUCCGCGCGCUGUCCGCCGAGCCCGACUUCCGGCAGGUCUCCCUGCACUGGCUGUACCCGCGCCGCGCCUCGGACCUCUUCGCCUUCCGCCUCGACUACUGCGAGCUGCAGGCCUGGGGCGUCAACCGGUGCCGCACUAAGAUGGUGGACGCCCCUCCGAGGCCGGCCGUGGUGUCGGGGCGCGCGGCCCAGGGCGGCGAGGACCUCUCCGAGUACGGCGCCGUGGUCACGGGGCUGCGGAUGGCCACCAACUACACGUUCAGCGUGGCGCCCGUCGAGGGGCGGCUGCAGCAGCUGAGCCCCCGGAACCGGCACGCCAGGACCAUCAUGGCGCCCACCAAGGGCUUCUCCGCCCGCGCCACGCUGUGCCUGCCCGACGUGUCCGAGGUGGAGGUGCACACCGGGCCGCACUUCAGCGGCCGCAUCGCGGUGGAGGCCAACGAGGACUCGACGGCGCCGCCAGUGUCCGCGUGGCGGCGCGGCGACGACGGGGACCCCGAGGCGCGGGGGCUGAGCGGGCUGGGCGGGCUGGGCGGGCUCAGCGGGCUGGGCACCAAGGCCGUGGACGAGCCGUGCGCCGUGGCGGGCGACGCGUCCAGCCCCAGGGAGUCGUACACGCUGAGGAUCGACCACCGGCGCUGCGGCAGCCACGUGAACCGCUCCACCGUGGCCACCUUCAUCCUGGUGCAGGAGAACCUGCCCAUCCUGACGCACUCCACGAGGAGGUUCCUGGUGCUGUGCACCUUCCAGCCCGACGCGCUCAUCGUGCGAGCGGGUAUCAGCCUGCCCACCGUGCACGGCGAGCACCGCAACCGGGAGGACCUGGGCGAGCCAGCGCACGGCAACCAGCUGGGCGGCGGGCGCGGCGCGGCCACGGGCGUGGGGGUGGGCCCCGCGGACGUCAUGGCCUACCAGCUGCAGCAGGGCCUCGAGGGCGACGAGGACGUGCACGCCCUGGGGCUGACGGUGCCGUCGCACGGCGUCGCCAACCGCCAACAGCGCAGGCACGCCGGCCGCGCCCUGGGCCUCGGCCAGGACGGCGAUGACUCCCCCGAGCACGGCGACGCGCACGAGGCCCAGGUCGUCCUAACCAGCGUGCUACUCGUCAGCGGCGUCGUCUUCCUGGCCGUCGCGGCCUGGUGGUUCGCGCCGCGUAGAAAAGCGACCGGCGAGGACGGCGCGCUGACUGACGACUCGGCGUCCACCGUCUCCGUGUACCAGAACUACGAGAACUCGCUGCGGGACUCGGACUCGUACUCCAGCAUCGGCACGGUGGGCACGGUCAACAGCAGCAUCCUGAGCACGCUGUCGCGCCACCACUGGGCCUACGCCACGCCGGCCUCGGAGCUCGCCGGCGACGCCAAGGCCACUGCCAAGGCCAAGGCCGCCCUCAAGGACGACGAGUUCGGCGAGGUGCGGCCGAGGUUCGCGGACGACAACGAGCAGCCGCCGUCCAGCCUCGUGUUCGCCAUCCGCCUGCCAGACACCACGGGGGCCGUCGCCGUCCUGCCCAGGGCCACGGCCCCCGUGGUGGUGCCCGGCGACAAGACCAAGAAGCAGGACGCCGUGUCCGUGUGCUCCGUGUCCAUCGGGGAGCCGGAGAGCAUGUCCUCGGACGCCUGAGGGGAGGGACUCCCAUGCGAGGACAAAUCCAACCGCUCAGCCACCGAGCCCCCUCUGCACCCUCGGCCGUGUAUGGAAAGGGUUUUUCUCGUCGCGAUAGCCGAGAGGAAGUGGGAGGCUUUGUACGAUUGGUUGCCCACCUCUCCGGCGCCAACUUCCGUCACCGUCACGCAUUUACUGCCUUAUGUUUUUGCAUGCUCGUUAAAGACUUUAAAAAAAUCUUGCUUAUUUUAUCUAUGUGUUAGUGGAUGUGCCCCGAAAAAGGUACUUGUUCCUUCAACAACUAAUGUGCCUGAUUAAGUGGCUCUUUUGUGAUAUGUCAGUAGUUUAACAUUUUGUCUGAAUGUGAUACACCAGCCUUUUCAAAGCUUUGUGGAGUCACUUUAAAACGUCUUACUGUUCAACAUGUGGCAAAUUUGUAGCCAGUAUCUUCUCCAUUAUCUUUGGCAUGGGGCAUAAUCUAGAGGCAAGAGUUGAUCUCUAGAAUUACUUUUACAGCUUUGGUGUUGGAUUUCUCUUUUCCCCCCCAUUUUGGUUAAAGAAAUACUCUAACUAACAACUUGUAGAUUGAGAAUUAUUUACUUCCAGAAGCAACUUUUACGUAUUAACAAAGUAUUGUUCCAUUGAUAAUGGAGAAUUUACGCUCGUACAUAAUAAUGCCCAAUUUACUGAGAUAUGCGCUAUUUAUAGAUAAGUGUAGUUAUGAUGAUUUGUCAAGCUAAUAAUAUUGUGAAUCAAAAUAAAGGAAUUCUGAUUUAAUU